UGGGUAAUAUUUGUUUUGACAGCACCGGAUGUUUUGCAAAGAAAAACAAGCUUUCGAACAUAAACAAUCAAUGAGAUCAAUGCUGAUUUCAUUCAAGGAGUAAUAUAUGUUUAAUAAAUACAAAACGAGUACAUAUUUAUCUAGUUUAUAUCAUUUCAAAAAAGCGCAAACAGCUUCUAUCGUUCGAAAAAUGUCGGGUGCAGCACUUGCAGUAGUAGUGGAGAAAUUGAAUGAAUUUGCCCCCGAGAUAUUAGCUGAAAAAUGGGAUAAUGUAGGUUUACUGAUCGAGCCGUAUACCAAGAGAAAUAUCAGAAAAAUUUUACUUACUAAUGAUCUAACGGAAAAUGUGAUGAGCGAAGCAUUGGCGAGAAAUGCUGACAUGAUUAUUUCAUACCAUCCACCAAUAUUUGCUCCAUUGAAGAGGAUUACCCAAAAAUCGUGGAAGGAGCGAAUCGUCUCGAUUUGCCUGGAAAACAAAAUAGCUCUUUACUCUCCUCAUACCAGUUGGGACAGUGUUACCAAUGGAGUAAACGACUGGCUCGCUUCAUCUUUGCCGUUAGCUAGUGCACAACCUAUUUUAGAAAAUCUUUCCAACCCUUCCUAUGGCGCAGGAAGGAUUUGUGUUACACAGGGUGAACUAACACUUGGCGGGGCUCUUAAUCGAAUAAAGUCGUAUACCAACUUGAAUGAUUUGAAAUUAGCUAUGGGCGUGAACAGAAAUCUAGAGAGUCCUAUUCGGACCUUUGCCGUAUGUGCUGGGUCUGGUACGAGCGUGCUGAAAGGAGUGAAGGCUGAUCUUUAUAUUACAGGCGAAAUGUUUCACCAUGAUGUACUGGAAGCCAUUCAUCAGAACAUUCAUGUUGUUCUUCUUAAUCACAGCAAUUCAGAACGAGGAUAUUUACUCGUAUUUCGUCAGAUACUACUCAACAUGUUAAAAGAAUAUCCGAGUAUAAAAAUCGACAUAUCAGAGCAUGAUAUGGAUCCACUACAAACAUAUUGAGUAUCGAUAAACCACUGAAUACAUCGGAUAAUUGCAGAAAUUUACCUUUACUAUCGCGAUGUUACAAAACUGGCAUUUAUGAACUGUAGUAGUUCCAAUAUAGUCGAUGUCAUUUUUUUUCUUAUGAAUAAAUUUAAUCACUUCAAAAACGUUUAUUAAAAUGGAAAAGGUUGGGCGUAGAUUUUAUUAGUUUGUGUGAAAUUAUCAAUUCGUUAAAGCAAAAUUCAUUUCAAGAACACUAAAGUGCUAAGUUUGCCCCAUCUAUUUUUGUAUCAUUGUUCUUGGUCUGGGUUCAAGAGUUGGGUUUCUCAGAGAUUGUAUUGCCUUUACAUAAUGAUGAAGGCCAAACCGAACAGAGGCAUCUAGGUAACGACGAAGUAUUUCACUUUCAUCUGUUAUAAAAUUUCUAGAACACAAUUUUCACCAUCUAUUAUCGUGUUUGCUUGAUAAUUCUGAGACUAACCAGAAACAGUUUGUUAUGUCAUGAUGCUUUCCCUUUGAUAUAUCGCUUACUUCUUCAAAACCGUCGUCUAUGGCAGGGAAAUCCGAUAUGCCGGAGACUUUUAGCAGACAAAAUAGGACACUGCUCGCUACUAAUCAAAAUUUCAAUCAUUUAUAAUUGAUACAUCCAAAUCAAUUCUUAGAAAUAUUUCCAAUCAAAUAAUGAAAUAAUAUUAAUAAUUGAUACAAAAUAUACUGAGCUGUAAGUGUUUAAAACCUGACCACAUUUUCACGUGUAUUUUUCCUUAAGUUUCUAAUUUGCAUCCCUAUAUAGAAAAUAAAGAUGUGUAGUCUGUAGUAAAUAUUUAUAGAGACUGCACUGUGUAAUUAAAAUCAGCAUUAAACCAUUUUUCUUUUAGUGAAUCAAAGUGUUACCAAAAAAGAUUUGUUAAAUUAGUGUUAAUUCGAAAGUGUGUUUACUUUUACGAGGAGAAUGAAGUGUUGUGUUGUACA